ACCGAACGUGCUGCGAUGUUUUUCCGAUUUGGACCUGGCAGUAAAGGCGAGAAAAUUUGUGUUUUUUCCAGUGGUUAUUCAAUGGAAUGAUCACAUUACUUGGGAUAGAUGGAUACAUCGUCUGGAGGCAUAGGGGCCUCUGCACCUUCUCAUCAUGAUCCCUCUCACCAUGAACCUGUGCCGGAACCGGCCUUGAUGGAGGUGGUUAUUUCAUCAGAUGGGGUCCAGUCAGAGACCGUAGAGAUGCCGUCUUGCCACAACUGCACAGUCUUACAGAAGGAGCUAGAAGACAGUAAAAGAGACAGAGCUUUCUUUGUAGACAUCAAGAGAAAGAUGAUAUUAACAGAUACACUCAUACAGAAGCACCAGAGCAAAUGUCAAGCUUUUGAAGAACAGCAGAAGAGUAUUCAAAAUUUAACUACAAGAUUAGCCCAGUCAAAGAGAGACUGUAAGGUAUUAGAGGAGCAGCUUGCCACAACGUUGAAAGACAUCAUCCCAUGGAAGAAGGAUAAAGAACGAUUUCUUCAGGAAGCUCAGGAGAGUAAGAAACAGUUUGAUGAUCUUCACAAUAAGCUCAGCGCUCAGAAGUCUCUUAUAAAACAAUAUGAGAGUAAACUUGAGAUAUGCGAUGACGAGAAAGCUGUCUUGGAGUCUGACAUCUUUGAGCUGAAAUCUCAGAUAGAAUCCACAAAACAGAGCUGCAAGAAAGCUUCUUCUUCGCUGGAAAAGGCAAGAGAGGAUAACAGCAAGUUGAGGAAAGAGAUGAGCCAAGUCAAGAAAUCAAAAGCUUCUCUUAACCUCAAGUUUGAAAGAGCAAAGGUAAAGAUAAGAGAAUUGUGCAGCCUGUUGACACGACAUGGGAUCAAAGCCCCAAGGAUGAGACAAUUCAGUUCUUCAGAGAAAGAGGAUGAAGAAGAGGAGAAGGAAUACAUGGAGGGGACAGAGUCUAGUGACCGAGAUGACAAAGAAGACGUCAUGGUUUCCAAGGCAAUGAACCCUAGAAAUGCUGCAGACAAACCUGUUGCUAUGCCAACGUAUAAACCUCGCCAGUCUGGAGUUCAGUCUCACCCUGCCAGCGCCCCUCCAAGCAGGAGAGCCUUUCCGAGGAUGGAUUUCACCUCCGUAACGUGUCUCUCACCCCUUCCACCAUCUCCUCCUGAUAAUCAGGAAGAUAAAUACAGUUCUGACAGUAAUGAGAGCGACAUAACACUGACAGAGGUCGCAGCCAAAAUUGAGGCCCAGCUCGCCACUCCUGUGCUUAUGAAACGCCAGAGAGAACAACUCAACAAAGAGCAGUGUAGACCAUCAACCAGAGUAUCCCCAAGGCGAAGGGUUCCUGGAAGACGCGAAACAACAAGUUCAGGUGCAGCGGUUGAUCCUGGGGGAAAUACAGAUGGAGCAGCAUCUCGAAGGGGUCUCCGAUCCUUGAGGAAUACACCUGGAAGUAGCGAGGUAUCUUGUAAGCCCCCAGUCAGGUCAGGUUUCAGGGGUUCUAAGAGACUGGAGAUGGGAGAAACUGUUGAAAACAUUUCAGAGAAGAAGAGACCACGAGGAAGGCCUAGAAAAAUUAAGGAUAAUACCAGUGAGGUUCAUGGUGACCCAGAAAAGAAUCAUAGUGAAGACUUUUCGCAGAGACUGCAGGGAAAAUAUCAGAGCUUGUCAUCAUCUGAUGAGGAAGUCAAUGAGAAAGAGGAUGUAAGAAAAGGGUCUCGAACGGAGCAAGGUGGGAUUUCAGCCAUGAAAACUCGCUCCAAGGCCAAAAGCCAGGACUUGAGAGGCCAGAAUACUUUGGAAGAUGGUAAAGACAUCACCUUGGAUGAUGACCUGCAUUUGUCCAGUGAUGAAUCAAAGCAUUCUGUCUACAACCCCAAGGACGGUGCUUCUAGCGAUGGAAGUGACACAGCAAGUGUUAUUGGGAGAAAGAAAAGGCUGAAUAUGAAAAGACAGACUCUGAGGAAAUCGAGCGCAUUGAGCGAUAGUAGUGACAGUGAAGGUGAUCAUCCCAAACUCAAAGGAACCCAGCUAAGACAAAGUGUUAAACUUACUGGCAUUCACCAUCAGUCAAAGACAUCUGAAGCACCAAGGAGUGAAGACGGUGCGGUCAAGCUUUUAUCAGAUGAAUCCGUUCAAUCCAGUAAUAUGACAUUGGCCGAUGAGGAAGACACUUCAAUCAACACCAGAAGGACAUCACGAAGAUUGGCUCAUCGACAGAGCAAUGUUAAAUCUCAGGCCUCUAUCGAAGAACAGAAUUCUGUCAAAGAACAUGUAAUUACUAAAUGUAACAAAGAUCUCAGUGAUCAAAUUGAGCAAGGUAUCAAAACGGAACACUCUGAAAAUGUGACUGAAUCACAAAGAAAAGUAGCUACAAGUGAUAGAGAAAAGGUACUUGAUGAUCAGUCUUCAGAGACUGUUUCAAGAGUGCUUGCAAAACAGAGAGUGACAAGACAAGUGAGUAGGAAACUUUUAAGGUCAGUGAGCAGUCCACCUGGUUCGGAGGAUGAUAAAGGUGGUGGGCAAUUUGUAAGGAAACGUGGAAGAGGUAUUUCAAAGGCUGAAAGGUCCAUGUCAAAUAAAUCUUCUAAAGAUGAUGGCAUUCCAUCCAAGUUGGGACAAGAGAAUGGUGGAGAGGGUGUAUUGUCUCAGGAAAAGAUGCUACUUAGAAACCUGUCUUCACCAGCUCGCCUGACAAGAUCUGCAUCACGUAACCUUGAUUCGUCAGAAUCACUUGUACCGAUGUCAGUGAAACCCUGUACCGAACAGAAAACCCCAUUCUCAGUGAAAGCUGAUUGUAAGUUGCCUGCAGAAGAUGAGGAAUCCUCAAAGGGUUCCAAAGUCACUGCAAAGGAAACACAGAGAUCAUCUCAGAAACGGUCCCAUGAUAUGCAAUGCUCCGAGGAUGAGAAAGUGGAUGAAGAUGCAAAAUCAUUGGACCUAGAAGUCUUGGAGAGUAGAAAGGAUACUGAUUCAGCCUCAAAGGCAGGAGAGGAGAGUGAGGAUCCAUCCACUCGAAGUGAUGGGAAAAUCUUAAUGAGGUCAGAGACAGAAGAAUUUGUUGCAUGUAUGGAUGAGGUUCCUUUUAUUGAUUGUGGGGAAAACAUAGAUACACUGAAAACAACAGGAGAGGGCAUGGUAGGAGAUAAAGGAAAGACUAUUACAAGUGAUAGUAAAGACACCAAGAAAAAACAAUUACCCACCAGGCAAAGUAAAAGAAUCAAACUCUCUUCUGUUGAUGUAAUCAAAGAGAAAACAGAGGAUUCAUCUUGUGUGGAAGGCAUACCUGACAAUGCAGGAGGUGAUAACUCAAGAGAAAGUGCACACAGAGAGAUGAGGAAUCGUGAAGAAUUGGACAGACCAAGCACUAGCAGAGGAUUAAGAUUGUCAAUGGAAAUUUCUCAUGGAGCACUUGUCAGAGAGCAGCCUCCAAUUAUUUCUCAGCAGCGGGAACGCCAUACCUCCUUUGCAUCACUGCCCUCCUUGGAAAGGAACAGUCCUAUGUCACCAAUUGAAGAACCCUUUCAAGGAUUUGAUACCCGUCCUAUAUCUCCUAUGUCCCCAGAAAGACCUGUUGAGAGGGUAUCUCCCAUCUUGCCUACAUUCUUAUUUGACUUGCCAUCCAUCCCAAGAAUGCUUUCCCCUUUGCCACCAAGUCCAUCACGAAUCCAUCCAGAAGGAGAGGCUAUUGAUGCAACUGAAGGUGACAUGCAGGAGGUCAUGUCAGAGGAAAUUCCUGAAGCGCAAGCUCAACCAAGGAUGAUAUCUCCGCUGUUCCCAACACCUGUCCCUUUCGCGGUGUCACCCAUCCCUGAGAUGUCUGUUCCACCAGCUAUUUCACCUAUAGCUGAUGUCCAGCAUCCUCCCGAGAUUUCACCUAUUGCAGAUGUCCAACCACCUGUCCUGGGUGUCCAAGCAAUCCAGAAUGUUUCUCCAGGAAAGAGUCCGCAACUGCCCUCGCCUAGGAUUUUCCAUUCUGUAGCACCAUCAGACGCCAUCACAGUGCGACCUCAGCAUAGUAGUCCGAGCUAUAACCAGGACAAAACCACAGCUAUCAGAAGCCUUAAUGCUGUCCUUGAUAGAGAUGACAAUGUAGGGGAUGACCGAAGUAGCUUUUCCAAGAAACUAAUUGCAAGAAGGUCCAGUGCUGAAGAACCUGGUAGGAGACCUGGAGAUACCAGCCAGAACAAUCCGCCAUCUCAUCCUGAGGUAAAGAAUGAAGCUCGAGCUACUGCCAACAGUAAUCUUCCGUUGAACUAUUCUCAAAGAAUCUGUGCCAAACAUGAACCGACCAACCAACAUCGCAUUUCAACUCUAGAACAAAUGGCAAAUGAAACUUUGGUUAAACAAAGACAGAGUGGGACGCUGCGCCAAAGCUCUUCAAGCGAUCUAGGGCACCAACCACCGCUUCAGAGUAAAGGUGGCUUUAGUGAGUACCUGCGGAGAGCAGAUGGGCAUGAAGAUCCAACAGCUUUUAGCAGAGUCAUUCCUCACCGGGAAGAGCAGAGAUCAGCUAGCAUUGGCAAUUCCUCCAUACAACCUUCUAAAAGUGAAGACGCAAAGAAGUCUUCUAAUGCAAUUACUGAUGAGAAGACCCAAGUUGCACUUGAUGAUGACAUGAAAGAGGGAAAGCUGGACAAAGGAAAAAGCCCAUCUGAUGCUACACAGACUGCAGCUUUUGAUAAACCCAUCUCAAAGAAGCUGAACAAGACAAUCGUCGGAAGCAUAUGGGGUCAAAUGGCUAUUCAGGAUAGAAGGGACACAGGAAAUCAAAAUAGAAAGAAGCAAACCAGGUGCCCUUUGCCAAACUCUCAGGAGUCUGGUGAAACCCAAGCCAAGUUUAAGGUACCUAGUGAACCACCCUUACCAGCCACUCAUGCUCUGGCCCAGCAGUCAGUCCAGGGCAAGGACCAGGCCCCAAGAAACAAAGAACAGGUUUUCCCACGGUUUGUUCCUGCUUCUAAACAAAAGCCUCCUGUCUCAGCUCCACUCCAAGUACCCUUCAAAACCUCUGGACCUGGAACCGGACCAGAAACUGGACAAGAACCUAUAAACCACACCCAAGAUCUUGACAAGACUGCAUGCUCCACAACGCGUGUUGAAUCUUCAAAGUCACUGGCAGUCACAGACCAGACCCCACUUCAGGAUGUAGCCUCAGAGAAGGUCCAAGCCAAGGCUUCAUUCAAAAGACCAAACCAGUCCUGGGCUCCUGGUCCUGUUACUCCUCACCAAAUCAAGACCCAGAAGAAGCUUCAUCUACAUGAUGUCCUUCGUCUGAUUAGAGAACAUAGCCCAAAGGAAUCGGUCUUUACCAUCUGUGAAUGCAUCAUUGAGUUCUUAGAGCAGAACAAUGUGAACCUUUUUCCUGCAAUUUAUGCCAAGUGCAUCGUGGGUAACACGUCAGCACAGCCGGUGAUAUCUUCACAUGAAGAACAGAUUUCAAAGACCAUCUUCUUAUGGACCAAAGAAAAGAGAAAAAGAAAUGUGAUGCAUUUACUGCUGAGCGAACUUGGGCAAAGAUUAGCAAGCCAGGAAGGUGUUGACCUAAGCCGGACUCUGACGUUCAGCCGACUGUUUGCUGCUAUUUGUAGAGAUUCAGACUGGAUAGGCCGAGCCAGAGUACUGUGUUACGAUAUCAUCAGGGAAAAUCUACCCAAUGGCUACCAUCUACUACUGGCCAUAGCUGCAGUCUGGCCAAGCAUUCUCAAGAAGAAGGAUGGUGUUGUUCAGCCUCUCAUGUCCACAAUGGAAAUCAUUGUAAUGCACCAACUUCAUUCUGACCUGAAGGGAACCACUUCCUUCAUUAGGGAAACAGCUGAGAAGAUUAUUAAGUGUUUCUCUCAUCUGUGCAAGUGGAACCCUAUGGCCUGGGAGUCAAAGGGAGAUGCUCAUGCUGCUUGGCUCAUAGGCUUGCUGAAGGAUCCCAACAUAGCAACAUUCCAAAGAAAUAACACAAAGAUCCUUCUAGGAAACAAGUGCUUUGAAACGAUUAAGGCCGUUGAGCUCCUAGCCUCUUGUCAAGGCUGGGAGUGGACAAACAACAAGCUCAUCAUUGAAAAACUUUGGCCUGUUCUAAAAGACUGGAGCAAGAGUCUAUCCAAGGGCAGUGCUGAGAAGAAAGGGGAUGGAACACCUGGUGAAGGGAGUCUAGCAGGGCAAUCAAUGACUUCUUUGGCCAGUGCUUGUGCUGUAAUGAAAGUUAUUGGCAAUGUUGGUCAGAUUGGUCUAUCAAUCAACACCCAGUCUGUUGAACAGCUUCUCAAGAUGUUGAUAGCCGUGUUAAAGCAGCCAUCGGAAACCAUUCCAUGGCCCAUGCAGCUCUACACAGCUCAGUCUAUCUAUGACCUAUCACCAAGCCAGCAGGAGGUUGCAUCCCAGGUGCUUCGUCAGUGGGUCGCCAAGGCCGUCAACGCUGUCCCGGAGAAACUGGCAGAUCGCAUCAACAACCUCGGUAGAAAACUACAGAGUCCAGACAACGAGGGUCAACCUGAGGGUGAUGAAGGUCAAGAAGAGAAAGAAUCGGUUAGUGAAGAGAUGAAAUGAAAAUGAUUGAAUAUUCAUUACAAAUUGAGAAUGUGUCUACAAACUUGGUAGAAAACGGACGACUUCAGAUGACUCGGACCAAUACCAUGGUUCCAGCGGGAAAUGAGAAAGAUUUACCUCAUGAAAAGGUUAAAUGACAUUGGAUGAAUGUGGCGAAAUCAGUAUUAACAACCCUUGUAGAAAACUACCGAGUUGAGACAAUGUUGGUUGACCAGAGAUAUUAGAAAGAUCAAGAAGAGGAAAGAUUAGGUGGUAAAGAAAUAUUAAAUAUCUUCUAUAACAUCCUGGGACCCUUAACACAAAGCUUAGCAAUGAUCGUAGAACAUUUUGUAAUGAUAGAUUGCAUUGACUACAAUGUGUAAUUAAUCGCAAAAAUCAAGCCUACGAUCAAAAGCUAACCUUUGUGUUACGUGCCCCUGGUGAGAUUCAAGAAGUCCAGGUAGUCAUUGAUGAAUGAUACUGGGCUGUAUUGGUGCUAUAUAAAUUUUUCAUAUUACUUUUGCAGUUGAAGAGAUAGAUGGUGUCUCGCAAAUACAAAUUAUGGAUGUGCCAAGGAAAAAAAAGUUGUAGAAAUAUUACCGAAUUGCUGGUGAGUGGAUUUGUGAAAAAAAAUCAUGUGAUUUUUAGAAAAUAAACUUUUUGUAGUAGUGGCAUAAGUAAAAGAUUUAUACAUAGGCAUCCUUCUUUUUUUAGCAUUCACUCACCACCAUGCCAACAUGCAAUUUUUGUAUUACAUUUUGACAUACAUGCAGGACUGAUCAUUCAUUGUAAUUGUGUUAAAAGAACUCAGAUCAGGGUCUACAUGCUGCAAGUGAUUAAUGAAUGACACUUUGAUUUCCCUUUUUACAGAAAAUAUCUGAUUCUCUGCUGUCUUAUUUUCUAAUUUCUUAUGACUAAAUACUUUAAGGGUUGUUAUUAAAAGCUUAUCAAUUACAAGUAAAUUUUAGGUCCCUAGAUCAAUCUUAAUGCAUGCUAUCGAUUUGCUGGUGUUCUUGUCGUAGGAGGUAUUCAUUGAUUUUCUUGAUAUAGAAUUGAUCUGCCAAUUGUGAAGGUGUAAUCAAAUACAAAUAAGUUUCUAGCAAUUUCCUGUAAGGGAUUGUUUUGUUUGCAUACUUACAAAUACAUAUAUUUUAUCAAGA